AUGACGGGAGGAAGUGUUAAAGCACCUACAGUGAAGGAAGUCGCUCUUCAACAAAAAGUUGAUGGAGAACGAUUAUCAGCUGUUGAAAAAGAUCUAUCUGACCUUAAAACUCAGAUGAUUUCACUCACAGACAGUUUCAAUACCCAAUUCUCUGCUCUAUGGAAGUAUUUAAGAGCUCUAAUUCCUAAUAUUCCAGCUACCAACUCUGUUCAAAACCCAAAUCUGCAAUCUGACUCGGAGGGUGGUAAUCCUUUUGGUGAAUCAAAUAGUAACAAUGAGUUUCAUCUAUCUACAAGUAACUUUCAUCAUUAUCCUAAAAUUGAUUUCCCUCGAUUUGAUGGAUCUAAUCCCAGAGGAUGGCUGAGGAAAUGUGAACGCUACUUUCACAUAAAUUCUAUUGAUCCAGCUAAACAAGUCGAAUUAGCUUCUAUACAUUUAGAUGGCAAAUCUGUUUCAUGUUUCUUAUACUAUCAGGAAGAGGAAUAUUAUGAAAGAUAUGAAUCCCUCAAAGCUAUUAUGAAGGCUAGUAACAAAUUGUUAUAUGAUGCAUACUUUACUAUGAGCUUCAUUAGUGGCUUGAAAGAUGAAAUUCGUAAUCCAGUUCAGAUGUUAAAUCCUAAGUGUGACACUGAUGCUUUUUAUCUUACUCGAAUUCAAAAAGCUUCAGUAGAGUCACAGCUUAAACCAUCUAAACCUUAUACCCGUACCUUCCAACCUUCUACCAGUUCAUUCACCCCAUCCGCAUCUCCAUACAAACCUAAUUUACCAGCUCUAACGGCUCCACCUAAACCACCCUUUUCAUCUCCUAAACCAUUUGUCACUAUUACACCUACAAAACCAUCAACCAAUAUUCCUCCUAUAAAAAAACUCACACCAGCUCAAAUGAAUGUUCGCAGAGACCAAGGCCUUUGUUAUAAUUGUGAUAAAUUUUAUCAACCCGGACAUUUCUGUAAAACUCAACAAUUGUUUAUGCUAGUUGCUUCGGAGGAAGAACAAUCCUCCAUGACUGUUGAUGAUUCAGAAGAAGAAGCAUCUUCUCCAACAAAUUCUGGUGAAUCUACAAUGGAGAUUUCUUUACAUGCUUUUACUGGUAUUAUAACUCUAUAUACAAUUCGUGUGCCAGGAAAAUUGCAUAAGCGCAAGAUUUUGGUCCUUAUUGAUACGAGUGGUACUAACAAUUUUGUGGAUAAGACCUUAGCAGAGCAAUUACAUCUUCACAUAGGACCUAUUAGUCAAAUGUUGGUUACUGUUGCCAAUGGGGAUACCAUAAUCGGUGAAGGUGUGUGUUCUGCGUUCAAAUGGUCUAUGCAGGACCAUCAAUUCUCGGGUGAUCUUCGAGUCCUUCCGCUUGGUGGUUGUGAUAUGGUUCUUGGGGUGGAUUGGUUGAAACAACUUGGUCAGCAAAUCACAUUACAUGGAAGUACUUCUACUCCUUACUGCAGCAUGAUUAGUGGUAACUCCUUCCUGAAGUUUCUCAAAAGAAAAACUCCUACUAUAAUUGGUCAGUUCUUUUCCAUUUCUUGCACUCCUGCUUCUGAACUUCCUCUUGCUAUUGUGUCUGUGUUGGAUAACUUUUCUGAUGUCUUUUCUGAACCAACUUCACUACCCCCUUCUAGAGAUUUAGACUAUAAAAUUCCUUUAAAGGCUAAUGCUACUCCAUCUGCACAACCACUCUAUAGAUGUCCAUAUGUCCAAAAGGCUGUAGUUGAACAAAUGGUGCAAGACAUGCUAGCUCUAGGAAUUAUUAAUAUAUUGGAUUUGAGGUUUGGUUAUCAUCAGAUUAGAAUGCAUUUAUCUGACGUAUACAAAACUGCAUUUAAAAAUCAUCAUGGUCAUUUUGAUUUUAAAGUCAUGCCUUUUGGUCUUACAAACUCCCCAGCCACUUUUAAAGCCCUCAUGAACAAAAUUUUCCAACCAUAUCUUAGAAAGUUUGUUCUUGUGUUUUUUGAUGACAUUCUUGUCUAUAGCCCCUCACUUCAGGAUCACAUUAUACAUCUUUCUCAAACUUUACAAGUUUUAAGAGACCAUUCUUUAUUUUCCAAUAUGAGUAAAUGUUGUUUUGCUCAACCACAACUGGAAUAUCCUGGACACUUAAAUACUGCUGAAGGUGUUGCUGCUGACCCUGAGAAAAUACCUGCUAUGCAAAAUUGGCCUCAACCUGCAAACUUGAAACAAUUAAGAGGGUUCUUGGGGCUUACUGGUUAUUACAGGAGAUUCACUAAAGGUUAUGGGACUAUUAUCAAACCUCUUACAGACAUGCUUAAAAAGGAUUGUUUUAGUUGGUCUCCUGCAGCCUUGGAAGCAUUCUUAAACCUCAAACAUGUUAUGACUACUGCUCCAGUUCUUGCUUUAUCAAAUUUCUCUUUAUCAUUUGUACUUGAAACUGAUGCAUGCUCCAGAGGUGUGGGUGCUGUGCUGAUGCAGACCAAUAAACCAAUUGCUUUCUUUAGCAAACCACUUUGUCCUAAAGCCUUAACAUUAUCUACUUAUGAGCAGGAACUAUUAGCCAUUGUGAUGGCAGUGUAA